UAGCUCCGGGUGUGUUUGAAUGUGGCUUUCGAGGAUAAAAAGCGAGCCGUCAUGUUGGUGUCCCUCCCUCUCUGACUCUGUCCGUCGGCUAGGCUGCUGCUACAUCUAUCCUGCCCGGAACACACCACCACAAACCGACCAUGUCUGAGAAACUUCCCUACAAAGUCGCCGACAUCAGCCUGGCCGAAUGGGGGCGCAAGGCCAUCGAUAUUGCGGAGAACGAGAUGCCCGGUCUGAUGAAGAUGAGGGAGCUGUACGGUCAGUCCAAGCCGCUGAAGGGCGCCCGUAUCGCCGGCUGCCUCCACAUGACGCUGCAGACCGCCGUGCUCAUCGAGACCCUCACCGCCCUCGGGGCUGAGGUUCAGUGGUCGAGCUGCAACAUCUUCUCCACUCAGGAUCACGCUGCUUCUGCCAUCGCCAAGACUGGCGUUCCAGUGUACGCGUGGAAAGGUGAGACCGAUGAGGAGUACGUGUGGUGCAUCGAACAGACUCUGUACUUCAAGGACGGCCAGCCCCUCAACAUGAUCCUGGACGAUGGAGGAGACCUCACCAACAUGGUCCACCAGAAGUAUCCCAAACUGCUGGCAGGUAUCAGGGGCGUGUCGGAGGAGACUACUACAGGCGUCCACAACCUGUACAAGAUGUUGAAGAAGGGCGAGCUGAAAGUGCCCGCCAUCAACGUCAACGACUCUGUCACAAAGAGUAAGUUUGACAACCUGUACGGCUGCAGGGAGAGCCUGAUCGACGGGAUCAAGAGAGCCACCGAUGUGAUGAUAGCCGGUAAAGUGGCCGUGGUGGCGGGCUACGGUGACGUGGGGAAAGGCUGCGUUCAGGCGCUGCGUGGGUUCGGAGCUCGCGUCAUCGUCACGGAGAUUGACCCAAUCAACGCCCUGCAGGCCGCCAUGGAAGGUUACGAGGUGACCACCAUGGACGAGGCUUCUAAGGAGGGAAACAUCUUCGUCACCACCACUGGCUGUGAGGACAUCAUCCUGGGACAUCACUUUGAGAACAUGAAGGACGAUGCUAUUGUGUGUAACAUCGGACACUUUGACUGUGAGAUCGACAUGAACUGGCUCAACAAAAACGCUGCAGAGAAAGUCAACAUCAAGCCUCAGGUUGAUCGCUUUCGUUUGAAAAACGGUCGUCACAUCAUCGUCCUGGCCGAGGGCAGACUCGUCAACCUGGGCUGUGCCAUGGGACACCCAUCCUUCGUCAUGAGCAACUCCUUCACCAAUCAGGUUCUGGCUCAGAUCGAGUUGUGGACGAACACUGCCAAAUACCCCCUUGGAGUCUACUUCUUGCCCAAGAAGUUGGAUGAGCAGGUGGCAGCGGCCCACCUGGAUAAACUGGGGGUGAAGCUGACCAAGCUGUCGGACAAGCAGGCCAAGUACCUGGGUCUGCCCACCGAGGGGCCCUUCAAACCGGACCACUAUCGCUACUGAGUGCCCUGUCCAGAGGAGGAGGAGGAGGAGGAGGAGGAGGAGGAGGAACUGUGUUGGUGUUUAGGUGUAGCAGGGUUUGGCGGUUGGGAGACUUUGAGAGAUUGUCCAGGUAGCACUCUGGGUGCCGUUUUGGACUUCCAAAUGUCAACUUUUCAGACAUACAGAGAGAAAUUCUUGUUUGUUCGUUCCCAUUUUUAAUUAGGCUUCCUUAUCAAAUGCUAAAGAAAUGUAUUUCAUAAGUUACAUCCUGUGUCGAUCCAAGUGAUUUGGCGUGGCUGAAGUUUGGAACCAACACCUUGUUGUACUUUCCUCACGUGGGAUCACACUCAAUCUGCCCAACAGCUGCUGUUGAGUCAUCUCUGGUUGAAGUUUGACUUUUGAGCUAAAAUUGCUGCCCACACACACACACACACACACACACACACACACACACACACACACACACACACACCUGCACUGCCCCACAGCUUCUGUCAGUAGCUUUGUGUAAGAGUUUACAGACAUCAGAAGGCUAACACUUUGUACAGACCCACAAAUCAGAGCAACAUCUAGCCCUGUAUUUCAUCUGAAAACUUAAUACUUUGUCUCAUCACAUCUUAUUUUUUAACCCUUACCACACCAGUGUGUUCAGUCCUCCACCGUCCCUCCUCUCUUUCUUAUCAGUCCUCUGCUGAAACACCAAGUUCUCUGGUUGUUCGUCAUUCCCUCUCCAUUUAUGGAAUCAAAUAAUCCCCGAUCCUUUCCUGUCUUGUCACAGUUUGAGGUGGAAGGUGACCAACAGGUUUUUCUUUUGCUUUUUUUUUUUUAAUAAGUCAGAGCAAACUGUGUAGUGUACAGCUGCCUUAUCGCGGUGUAUUCAGAUUAAUACUAACUUGUGUUGGCACUUAUUAAUAGAAACUGUGCAAGAAUAUGCUCAUGGAAGUGCUUGUUUAUGAUCCAGGUUGAGUAAAGAGAAGCACGUCUGCCAAAGGAACCACCAAAGCAAAAAGUCUUAAUCUUUGUUGCCUAAUUUUCUUAUUGUCAUUUAUUUAAUUUGACUUGAUGGGCCAAAACGUGCAACGCCUAUCCCCUCCCCACUUCUCAUUUCUCACUGUAGCCAAUCGGGUUGUCCGAGCGGUGGCCACAGUUGUCAACGGUUACAGCCUGAAAUGCAGAGUUCAACUGCUUGGAAACGGUCCAUUGAAACUGUCAAGUAUUACAAUAAAAAAUAAAAAGUAAACGUGU